CGCCGCGCCAGCCAGACGCGCCGGGGCGCACCGAGCCGCAGCUUGCCCCUGCCGGGAACUGGACACGGCUCUCCGUCCCGACGCUCAGAGAGACUUUCCCCCUUUUUUUCUCUUUUAUUAAUUUUUCCCCUUUUUUUCUUUUAUUUUUUUUAAUCCAUCCCUUUUUAUUUUAUUUUAUUUUUUUUGUCCCGUCCGCUCUCCGCUCUGCCUGCUAUGGAUUAUUCCCAGAUGAUCGUCUCGCUGCUCUUCGUCUUCUGCCCGGGGCUGCUACCGGCAGCCCCCGGAGCCGAGGUGGGAGCCGCGCCGUCCCCUCCCGCCGCCGCCGCCGCCGGGCACCGUCGAGCCCGGCGCUGCUCCUGCUCCUCGCUGAUGGAUGAGGAGUGCGUCUACUUCUGCCACCUCGACAUCAUCUGGAUCAACACCCCCGAGAAGACUGUUCCAUAUGGUCUGGGAGGCCCUUCUCGAUCCAGAAGAUCACUGAAGGACAUGGUGCCAGAGAUGCUUGCUGAACCUAGCAGCAGAUGCCAAUGUGCCAACCAGAAGGACAAGAAAUGUCUGAACUUCUGCCAGACAGGAAAAGAUCUCUGGGCUCAGUCCACAGUGGAAAAAACCUCGCGGCACCGCAACAAAGCUGGCAAUUGCAUGGGGCCCAAAUGCAUGAACCGACAGCUUGUGGACAGCAAGAAGAUGAAGCGGCUGGAAGCCAUUGGUAACAGUAUCAAAGCUUCCUUCAGUAUUGCAAAGCUGAAGGCUGAGCUCCAGAAAGGGCGGAAGCUGAAACACAACAGGGCGAACAAAAGGCAAAGCAUCUGGGAAAGCCUGAAAGCAUCCUAGUGGGAAGUUCACCCGAAUCUUUCUCCGUCACACUUGCUGACAAAGCGUCACCAAAACUCUCUCUUGACUUCUAACAUUCCACGACGGCAAAGGGCCUCUCUGUCCAUGUAUUUGUGCAGCUGAGCAAAACUCUAGGGAAUUCCCAUAUUUGGAGGUAUAAAAGCAAAGGAUUUCAUCAUUUUGGAAUUCAGAUGGAUGGAUGGAUAGAGGGGGUGAAGGGGAAUCCGCAGUAACGCACGUGAAAAGCCAUCUUUCUGAAGAAACAUUUGACUAUUGCUUCUGGAAUGUUACCCAUCAACUGAGCAGCUUUCAGGGUCUACGUCAAAAGCAUCUUGCAAGGAAGACCUCACAGACGUGCUUAGAAAGGACAGAAAGCAAGAUCUGAAUGGACAGACUUCAAAGUGAAAAGCUCUACCUUUUGAUUAAAAAAGCAAAAAUGAAAGCCACAGCGCUACUUUAGUCAGGACUUAACUAAAUAUAUACGUCUACCUCGCGUACUGUUUGUUGCACUCCUGCUAGAAUAUUUUUACACCUUUUUAUUGCCUUUACUAAUCAGCUGCAACCCUUUGCCUUUUUUUCAGAAGUCUGGUUUACUUGUACAUCCAGAGUUAUUGGAACGCGGUUAGACUCUGUGGUUGUUUGCAUAGUCAGAGUCCUUUGGUUUUGGAUGCCGAAGGACACUUCAACAUAAAAUAGAAGUUAGAGGACACUACUGGGUUUCCCAUAACAAGGAUAUUUGGCUAACUGAAGUUCUAAUAAUAGAGGUUGUUGUGUCUUACAUGCCACCAAAAAUGCACUGAACUGGGGAUGUACCAGAAGCUGUUGUGGGAUUUAUUCAGUGCCUUGUUUGGUGGAAACACAUCGAGACAAAGGGUUGUUUUGAAUUAUGUCAAAAGGCUAAUAUUGGGUGAAUGUUUAUAGCAGUGAAUUUGUUCACAUUGUUGAAUUUGCUGACAGGUUGAAUCUUACAUGCUUUUUUUGUUUUGUUUUGUAUUUAUAUUCACACAAGUUCUUCAUUAUAUUUACCAUGUUGAAUACACAUUGAAGUAGGCCAUAUUGGUCUAUGCAUGUUUUAUGUAUUUCUGUAUGAAAUUGGGAAAUGCUUUAUGCCUAUCAAGGUAAAUAUCUUCAGAAAUAAAUAUUUUUAAUUACUGUA